AUGAAUAUGACUUCAAAUGGAACUGAGAUAUGUGGAGAAGUGGUCCUAAUUGCUGAAGAAUUAAGCAGGGCCGUGGAGUUAACUCUCAAUCCUACUGUUUCACAUGAAGCUCGAAAUCAAGCGUAUAACGCGUGUGAAAGCUUCAAGGAGAACUCACCGUGGUGCGCACAAGCAGGUUUAUUGUUGGCGAGUGGAACCCAAUACUCUGCAGUCGUUAAACAUUUUGGCCUGCAGCUAAUGGAACACACAGUUAAAUACAGAUGGACUCAAAUAAAUCAAGCGGAAAAAAUAUUUAUAAAGGAAAAUGCCAUGAAAUUAUUAUAUAUGGGUGGUUGGGAGACAGCACAUUUAAACGAUGCUCUAGCUAGAGUUAUAGUUGAGAUGGUCAAGCGAGAGUGGCCACAACAAUGGCCCACCCUUUUAGCCGAAUUAAGUGAUGCUUGUUCCCGAGGCCACUCGCAUACUCAAAUUGUACUGCAUGUUUUUUUAAGACUUGUAGAAGAUGUUGCUACAUUGCAGACUCUGGAGCAGAAUCAACGGCGAAAAGAUAUCUACCAGGCAUUAACAAGCAAUAUGGCAGAGAUAUUUGCAUUCUUUAUGCGUCUAAUAGAACUCCAUGUCCAAGAGUUUAGAGAAAAAACUGCCGCGGGUGAUUAUACAGCUGCUGCGAGCAAUGGUAGAGUUGUGCAGGUUGUUCUGCUGACUUUAACGGGUUUUGUGGAAUGGGUAUCCACUAAUCACAUUGUAACAAACAACGGAAGGUUGCUGCAGAUUCUUUGUAUCUUGCUACAAGAUGAUGUCUUUCAGCUGUCAGCUGCAGAAUGUUUACUGCAAAUAGUUAAUAGAAAAGGCUCUACGAAAGAACGUAAGCCCCUGAUGAUCUUAUUUAGUGAAGACGCAAUCUCAUGUAUUCACCGCGCAGCAGUGGGAAGCAUCUCUGCGAUGGAUGAAAACCACUACUUGUUCCUAAAGAAACUCUCACAGGUGUUAGCAGGAUUAGCUCAGCAACUGACGUCGCUUUGGAAUUUUGCGGCCAAUGUAGAGUCUUGGAUGCCCGUCCUGCUCGAGUCCACAUUGCUGCUGACUUCUCACCCGUCACUAACCCUCGCCCAUACGGCCAACUCAGUGUGGCUGGCUUUUCUUAAGCACGAUCAAAUCUCCAAACUUCCCAACAUACUGGCUAUAAUUCCUAGGUGGUUGCAGGUGGCCGCCCCUAAAGUCUUAAAGGUGACUUACCCGACCUCUCGCGUCAGUGGUUCCAAUGACGCUGUCUCGUACGCUUGUCUGGACUACGACAGCGAACAGGAAUUCGCAAUUUUCUUCAGCCGAUGUCGCACAGAGAUCUUAGAAAGCUUCCGAUACUGUAUGGUAGCAGCGCCUCUAGUCACAUGGUCAUAUGUGGAGCAAUGGACGCAAACUGCAUUAAACAAGCUGGACUCGAAUGUUCCAGACUUGCACGUCGAGUGGGAGGCUCUUGCGCAGGUCCUCGACGUGGUGCUGUCUCGGCUCUUGCAAGCGGAGCCCCGCCCAAACGUGGCAGAAGGACUGCGCUUACUACAGCGCUGCGUCGCAUGCGAGCCUCGCGCACCUCUUCUGCUGUCGCUGCUCUUGUCUUUCAUAUCUGCCCUGUUCGUGUUCCUGAGCUGUGCUUACAGCCAGCUAGCAGGUCCAAGCGUGGGAUGCGCAGGCGCCGAGUUACUUCCGCGCGUUUUGGAUAAGAUCUUUUUGGCCCUCGUCUACGAAGGAUCGCCGCCUGAAGACCGUAGUUCGCGAAGCGUGAAGAAUGUCCGUCGCCACGCCGCAGGACUGUUGGUUAAGCUAGGUUCAAAGUAUCCACUUCUGCUGUUGCCCGUUUUCCCGCGACUACACGAGAUGUGUCGGGCUGCGCUAGCUAGGCCCGACUUGAGCGCAGUCGAGAGCGUCACGCUACAAGAAGCGCUGCUGUUAGUCUCCAACCACUUGUGCUGUUACGACCGUCAGAGCGCUUUAGUAGCUCAGGUGUUGGGCGACUGCAGCGUGCGAUGGGCGGCGCUAUCCGAGCAUCUGACAAGCGCGCAAGCUCUCGCCCGGCUUAUCGGUCUCGACGCCCCGCCCACCGACGCGGACGAAGAACGCGGCAGAGCGAGACGGACUCUUUUACACGCUCUCACUCUAGCGCUGGGCGUAGUGAAGCGGACGUGUGUACCCGCAGAUCCCGAUAAAGCGGCUCGAGGCGGUUUCGGGGCCGGAUUGACGCCGUCCGGAAACCCGGUGUGGCGCAACCCCGCCGCCGAACAUGUGCUUCCGCUCUUUCCGCACGCUUUAGCCCUAGGGCGAGCAUUGCACGAGCUGCAUUCGCCGGGUGCGGCGUCUCUCCGGCACCCUGCGCACGCGCGCGCCCUGCAGCCGCCUCCGGCCGAGCGACGCAACCUGUUGGGCAUGCGGGACGACACGCCCCUCGCUCCUCUCACCGCGCCCCACCCCACCACGCCGCAGGAUCGCAUGCAGAACUUCCUGCACACGCUGCACGACAAUGUGUGUCAGUUGGUGGGCGCUGCGGCCACGUCACUGGGGCGCGAGCUCUACGGCGCAGCAGGGCUGUCGCGGGCGAUUUGCGGCUCUCUCCUGUCGGCGCCAGACCAUCUGCCCGACCACUGGCUUCGGCGCGUGCUGCGCGCCGCCCUUCGUCCGCUGCUCUUGCACUGCCCUCCGGCCCACUACGUCGACGUCGCGCUGCCGCUCUUACAACACACUGCGCCGCUUAUGGUCGUGCAUUUGUCCCAGCGUUGGCAGUAUGUAACGUCACUGUAUGAGUCGGGCAAGCUGGAGGAGGAGAGCGGUAGCGAAUCGCAGGAGGUGUUAGAGGACAUGCUCGUGAGACAUCUCAGCAGGGAAUAUUUGGAAGUUCUGAAGGUUUCGCUCGUGGAGGCUGCGGCUACUAUAGAGCCCAGUAUAGACAUGGAAGAGGAGAGCACGCCGGCAGCUGGCCCCGCUCGUACGCCCGAACAGGUCUCGGAGCUGGGGGCCGUGCUGCUCGCCGACCCUGUCGCCGGACCGGCCAUCUUGCAUACUAUCCUGCGCGCGCUCACGUGGAACGAUUCGACGUCGUCGCUCCGAGCAUGCGCACUCGCAUUGCCAGCGUUGCGCGCAGCCUUGGCUAGCAACAGCGUGAACGCAGCGGAGGCGAACGGAGCAUUGGCCGCCGUCUUGCACGCGCUGCGGCUUCACGGGCAACACGAGGCCAACCAAGCGGCGUUGCUCACGCUGGCCGUGCAGGCCUACGAGGCGCUCAGGCCGCGUUUCCCGGACGUCGCCAACGUGCUGGGCGCGAUCCCCGACGUGGACGCGCACGACCUCCGACGGCUCGACGAGAAAUUGGCGGCCAACAACGCGCGACCCGCUAAAAUCGAUAAGAGCAAGAAAGACCUCUUCAAGAAAAUCACUUCACGGCUGAUCGGCCGAAACGUGGGACAGCUUUUCAAGAAGGAAGUGUUUAUCCUGAAUUUGCCCGCGAUGAACGCGCCCAAAGAGAAGCCGCGCAGCGCCGUGGACUCCGCCGAGGGGGCGGGUCUCGACAGACUCUUCGCCAACGGCCCGACUUAG